AAUGUAAAGUAUGAGAUUAAAGUUCUGCAGCUUGAUAACUGGCCAAUGGGAGAACCGGUCCCUCAAUCUCCGAAUUCCAUCAUCAGGAUUAUGCAGGAGCUGGAUUCAUGGCAACAACAAAAUGGCAAUAAACCGAUCCUUGUGACCUGCUGGGAUGGAGCGAAUCGCUGUGGAUUGUUCUGUGCUGCCAGUUUCGUCUGUCAGCAGAUUGUGCAGGAGGCAUUGGUAGAUGUGUUCCAGGCUGUUAAAACCAUCCGCAGCAGCCGGCCCCAGGUUAUCGACAACAUGGAUCAGUACACCUUCUGUUAUCAGCUGGCAAUGGCUUAUUGUGACACAGGUCUUCCAAGAAAUGUGAAAACGACGAACAAGCACACCAGGAUGAAGAAUGAGCAUAAUAACAGAAUGGCUGGUGAACACUGCAAUGACAGUAUGAAUCUCUGAGCACUCUCAAUCAUUCCUCAACCGAGCACCCAGUCACAGUUUAUAGGUUACGUGGACAUUUUGAUGAAACUGGAGCAUUUUAAACCAUUUAUCUGCUGCAGUUUGUUAGGGUCUGACAUCCCCUCCCUAUCUCUGUUAGCUCCUCUAGCCCCUCCCAAUCUCUGUCACCCCCUCCAGCCCCUACACCCCUCCUUUCUGUCAUCUCCUCUCGCCCCUACACCCCCUCCCUAUCUCUGUCACCUCCUCCAGCUCCUAUCUCUGUAGUUUCCUCCAGCCCGUACACUCCUCCCUAUUUCUGUAACCUCUCUUAAAGUAUGAACCUUGAUCUAAUUGUAUUUCUUUCAGCUAUUCGUAACUUUAAAAAAAUUGAACCAGCUUUUUUCCUACUGCCUUUGCAGGAAUUCUUCCUAAAGAUAUUGCUUCAGGAGAUCUUUUGGAGACAUCUAUAAUCAUGAAAAGAUAUUGAUUCCUAUUCCUAAAUUUAGGUGUGAGUCCAAAAUAAUCUAUUUAAGAACUGCUAAAUGUUUCUUUAAUGCUAUAAAAAUUAAAGAUGUAGGUGUAGUGAUUGUAAUGAGGUCAGCCAGGUGGAUUUCAAAGAAAAUGAGUUCCCUGAUUGGGGCUGUUAAUCUGGUCCAAUCAGGGCUCCCUGGCUGACAGAUAUAAACAGGAGUAUCAAGGGUUCUGCUCAAUCUAGGAGCCAGCUCUGAGCUGGCUGGAUCAGUGUCAUGUACUAUGUACGUGUAAAUAAAGGGUGACUUAUUUCAGUAGGUUUAAUUGAGAGUUGAUGUUUCCCCACUUCCAGGCAUGUAGGCCAGCCUGGCAAAAUUUGAUCACAUCUUUAUGUAAUCCUGGCAAUAAAAAAUGGUUUAAUAUUUUAGCCUGUCUUCCUGAUACCCAAGUGACCUGCCAUUUGGAAUUUCAUGAACCAAUUGUAAAAUUUCAUUUGAGUACUCAGAUGGAGUUACUACCUGAUGGAUCAUUCCUCAGUGGCUGAUAUUUGACAUGGUCUCUUUUCCCUCAUGAAAUACUUUGUCUUUCAAAUAACAAAGCUCCAGUAUUGUUUCUGGUUUUAAUUUCUGAAUAAACUGUUAAUAUAAUUCUUAAUUCAGAGCACAUUUGUUGCAUUUCCAUUAAAGAAUACUGGCCAAACA